AUCCAUACCAUGAAUCAUUCCCGUAUACUUUCACUGAUAACAUUUUUACUUAGCUUUUAUUUUGAGGUUAUCCCUACGAUCGUCAACUUUUGGUUACAGCCGCUCUAUUCGCCAUUUUCGUACACCGUGUCUGAAUGAUUGGCGGGAAAGCGGUUGUUGAGCCCUUCAUUGACAUCUCGAUUCGGCGAUUAAUAAGUACCGAGUAACGACUUUGAGUGUUUUCGGUCCGACAAGAAAGAAUUCUCUGUUUGUUGUCAUCAACCGGUAAUUGGAUUCUGCGAUUUGAAAAUGUCUGUGGCCGAAUUGUCUGAUCCCGAGGACAGUUUACUUCCGAAUGAUAUCGACGAUGAAAUCGGCUCAAACACCGGUGGGAAUGCGUCGGAUGAAGCGAUCGAGGAUAAUUCGAACUUUCCAGACAACGAAAAUGACUCGGACAAUCCCGAAGGUUCAGGAAAAAGGAGGAUCGAUCCUUCAACGUCGGGCCAGAAACGUAUCGUUCGAAAACCUCAGCCAAGGUUGGAUGCGGAGCGACUGAAGGGGCCGAAGGGAAUUCACAUGAUUGAAAAACACUUUGAGAAGUUUAAAUUUGAGGGAAAAGGCUGUGAGAAAAAGGACCUUGAUCGGAUAAUGAACAAACUAGAAUAUUGGGCGCAUAGGAUAUUUCCAAAAUAUGAGUUCGAUGAUUUUCUAGGCAAGAUUGAAGUCUUGGGGAACAAAAAGGCGGUUAAAACGCAUCUGACCAAAAUAAGACUUGGAAUGUUGACGGAUGAGGAAGUCGCGUUGAACGACGUAAUGGAGGAGGAGGAUGAGCCUGUUCAAGAUUCUGCACCCAUCGAUGAAUUCGACGCCCUGAUCGCUGAGGAGCUUGAGAAGCAGCGUCAUUCCGUUACCCCUCAACGAUCCAAUGUCUCUAUUCUUUCGAGUAAUUCAAAAGCAGCAGCUGAAAAAGCUAUCGCAACAUCUCACCCUGAAAUUACCGAUGAAAUGAAAGAAAGAAUGGAAAGGAACAGGCAAUUAGCAAUUCAGAAAAGACUCGCUAGAAUCCAGGCUGAGGAAGCGAAAAAUAUCGCUUCGGAAAGGGAAGUGAUAGGAAGUCAAGAAAAUGUUGAUCAAAUAAAAAAUCGAGAAAGUUUAGUAACAGAUUCAAUCGGCGAAUAAUACGAGUUUGAUUUUAAAAUUAAGUUGUCACGUAGCAAUACUUUCAUCAAUUCCCAGGAGAAUAUCCAUGGGUAAAAUUUUCAUUUACUGUUUAUGUUUGGCGAAAUAUUGUAUGAAAGAAAUUUAGUAAGCCACGUUAUUUAUACAGAAAAUAAUUCAAAACGUACCCAGCUGAAUAUCUGGUUUCAAAAACUGUAACAGUCUGAACAUUAUAAUUGCUAACAAAAAUUUCUUUAUCCACAAUAUUUCAUAACACAACUUUUUUUAAAUAAUAUUUCACUUCUCAUGAUGGAUGAGAUUGUCAAGUUUAAAUUUUAAGA